AUGCAAAAUGAGUAUGUAGACCGGAAGGUUAGAGACUUGGAGUUUAUGGAGGGAGAGCAAGUGUUGCUGAAAGUUUCACCUAUGAAGGGUGUGAUAAGGUUUGGUAAGCGGGGUAAGCUUAGUUCGAGGUAUAUUGGGCCAUUUGAAGUUCUUAAGCGUAUGGGAGAGGCGGCCUAUGAAUUGGCUUUGCCUCUAGGAUUAUCAGGAGUGCACUCGGUGUUUCAUGUGUAUAUAUUGAAAAAUUAUCAUGGUGAUGGAAACUACAUUAUUCAUUGGGAGUGGGUCUUACUUGAUGAGAAUUUAUCUUAUGAGGAGGUGCCUGUAGCUAUUCCAAAUAAGGAGGUCCGCAAGUUGAGGUCAAAGGAGAUUGCAUUUGUCAAGGUCUAG